GACGAAAGAAACAGACACUCAUGUGUGCCGGUUAACACGGCUCUUCUAGUCUUUUAAGGGAGGGCUGCCGAACGAACGUCGUGGGCUUUGUUGUGCCGCAAGAUGGCGACGUCCGGCGUUAGCUGCAAGACGGUCGGGCGUGAUGAUAACUCGUCUUCUGUCUGCGAAUUCCUCUCCUAAAGUUACUCAUUUCCGUGGCGUCCUGUCGGCAAAUGUACUAUGUCGGCUUAGCAUCAAGACAGUCGGGCGCGACAAUAUCAUGUUUUCUGGCUGUAAAUCCCUCUUCCAAAGUCAUUUCAUUCAUUUCCGCGGCGUCCAGCCAAGGUGUAACGAGGGCACGACGGCGACGAAGAGCCAACUCCGCGCAUCUGUCCUUCCCCAGACCAGACAGACACGUUUUGGCCCUCCUCUUCCCAACCAAACAAAGCGCGGAAAUGUUCCAUGUCGCAGAAAACGGCAGCCGUACCAACUCGUCUUCGUUCGUCCACAGACCACGCCUUGUCGGACGACUGGCUCCUGCGGUGUACGUACACCCCGGCAUACUCGAGCGGAACGCGACGAACUCGACCCGCUUUGCUGUGAAACUCUAAUCCACAUGGACAAAACGAACCGCCAGGUUCGCCGUUUUUGUCUCCAGCGAAAAUGA